GAGCAGGUCCAGAUUAUGUGUAGCUUCAUGUACUUCUGGCUCAAUUCCAUCUGUGGCUGCUGACAGCACUUGCUUGUCUCUGUGCCGGAGCGUCCCGAGGCAGCCCGUUUCAGCCUUAAAGGGCAGCCCAUUUCGCCGUAGCUUUUAAGAAGUGAAGCCAUUAUGCUGCUAUCGAAAAGAUUAACGCAAGCUCCAAGACGAUACUACGAUGUAUCGCAGCAGCUGAUGGCAAGGCCGGUGCUCAGGGGACACCGCCAUGCCACACACACUGCCCCCACUCGGGAUUCUGUGCUUGCCCACGCCUAUGACGACGACGAUGACUACGGGCGGGGCGGCCGCGGCGGGCGCUCCAAGCAGACCAACCAGAAGCGCCAGAAGGGGCGCGGCCGUCGCGGCGACGAAGGCGAGGACGAUGAGUGGGCCAACGCCUCGCUGCUCGAGGGCGAGGGCGCGGAGCAGUCCGAGGAGGUGGUCAUCCCAGGCAUGACCUCAGCCGCACCCGCAGCGGAGCCCAGCAGCAGUGGCAGUAGCAGUGGCGGCUGGCAGCAGCAAAACAACAACACCGGCCAGCAUGGGGGGCGUGGUGGCGGUGGCGGCGGCAGGCGGGGCGGCCGGGGCGGAUACGGCGAGCGGCGCUGGGAUGGUGGUGAGGCGCGACAGAGCGGCGCCAGAGCUGGAGCGGAGGGCGGCACGGAGGAGGGCGGCGCUGGGGCGCCUCGCGGCCAGUACCAGUCCCAGUACCGCGGCGGCGGCUAUGGCUACGGCGGCCGGGGUGGUGGCUAUGGAGGCCGGGGCCGGGGCGGCGGCCGUUACGGCGGUGCGGAGGCCGUCACUGGCGCUGGCACGGCCGCGGGGGGUGGCGCCGGCGCUGGCGGCGAGGAGCGGCGCACGUACAGGGGCCCGCGUGAGGCUCUGAGUGCGGACGAGGUGGCGCAGCGUUACGCCAACAACGAGGCCGUGCGCACUGCGGCUGACUGGCGGGCUCUGGCUGCGGUGCUGGCGGAGCGCGGCGGCAGCCUGGACGGCGAGAACAUCUCCAACAUGAUGUUCAGGGUGGCUCGCGAGGGCAAGCCGCCCGCAUCCGACGCCGCCGAGUUUGAGGCGCUGGUGGCGGCGCUGUACGGCUGGGUGGCGGCGCUGGCUCCCUCGCUACGGCCCAAGCAGGUGGCCACGUGCCUGUACGCGGUGGGGCGGCUGGAGCUGUUCAACGCCGAGCUGGUGGAGGCGCUGGCGGCCAGGUCGCUGGCGCUAAUGGGCAACUUCAACUCGUGGGAGUGGUCCAACAUGGUGUGGGCCUUCAGCCGCAUGAGCUGGUCGCCCGGGGAGGCCUGGCUGGGACAGUUCGUGUUCUGGUCUGAGAAGCGGCUGGGCGGCUUCAAGCCCGUGGAGCUGUCCAACACAGUCAGCUCACUGGCGCGACUGGGGUACGUGCCGCCCGCCGCCUGGCUGGAGGCAUUCGCGGCAGCAGUGGCCAAGCAGGCUCCCGAGUUCAGCACUCUGGAGACUGUGAACACGCUGUUUGGCCUGGCCAGCCUGGGCUACAGCGGCGGAGCGGACCCGGGCGCAUGGCUGCAGCCGCUGCUGCUGGGGAGCAAGGCGCCCGCCACUGCCUACGGGUCCGGCGGCGGCGGCCGGCUGGGCAGCGGCGGCUCGGCUCUGGGCGCGGUGGAGUCCAUGCGUGUGGCUGACCUGACCCGCACCACCUGGGCCCUGACGCAGUUCGACUGGCGGCCCUCUGAGGAGUGGCUGGCCGCCGCCACCAAGGCCUUCACGGGCCAGCUCCGCUACUGUCUGCCCUCCGACCUGGCCACCAUCUCCUACUCCCUGGCCUACCUGCGCGCCAGCCCACCGCCCGACGCGCUGCGGCUGCUGGCCGCGCAGCUGAGUCGUGCCUGGGGGCAGCUGUCAGGCGACGAGCUGGCCAACGUGGCCAUGAGCCUGGCGCUGUGGCAGUACAGGCCGCCCAGCGACAGGUGGCUGGACGAGCUGGUCCUAGCCUGCCGCGACAAGCUGUCCAGCGGCGGCUGCUCACCUGACGGCCUGAGCAAGGUGGUGUCGGCACUGCCGCUGCUGGGGCAGGGCUACCGGCUGGGGCAGGUGGUGGCGCAGGCGCAGGCGCUGCUGGACGGCGCUGCCGCCGCGGCCCCGGCUGGCUCGGGCGAGGAGGCGUCUCCUGAGGCGGAUGCGGCCAGUGGCGCGGACACAGACACCACAGCCAUGUCAGAGGCCUGAGGCGCCGGGCCGCUGCACGCAAGCAGUGCUAGGCGUGUCGAUGUCGGCAGUGCCUAGCCUGGAUCCCGCGUAGGCGGCUUUUGAGGGUGUCGCACCAGAGGCGUUGACAAGCGAGUAGCUGCAUCAGUGGGAUAAGCGGAAGCUGGUGACCAUCUUAAUGCUGGACAAAAAGUCCAUAAGAGAUGCCCGCCUGAACUGCUUCUGAGAGUGGGCCGCGGCAGGGGUUGCCGGACAGGGAGGGCCUGCACGGAGCUGGUGUAUGCGUGCCAACAGACGCCACUGUCCUGGGCCGUGCAGACACGAUAUUCGGAGUCACAUCAUCAGGAUACUGAUGUCAUUGCGGUAGCUGGCGCUGGAAGACGACGAGGGCUAAGUCCCCUCUUCUCUGUCCUGAACAGCAAGUCCAAUCUUUGCUCGCAGACCGCGGUGUGUCGGUGUGGUCACGGGUGUGGUGCUGUCGCCUGGCCGGGCGCCCGGAGCGUGAGGAAUGCGCAUCAGCAAACUUCUCGCCAGCCAGCAACUCGUCGGUACAGUAAAUGCGGCGUCUGACCAGCCGCGCAGCCCUGCCCUGCCGUUGCAAAUU